AUGAAGUUGAUUAACAAAAGAGUCCUCAAGGAUGUGGAGGAAGACCAGGUUUCUCUGCUGCCAGAGGACCCUGAGGACAUGUGGCAUGCCUACAACCUCAUUAUCCCUGGCGAUCUAGUACACGCCCAUGCGCUACGGAAAGUUGUUACAGUCAACUCCGGCACUGGCGCAGCAGCCGCCGAACGAGUCCACACAGACCUGACGAUCAAGGUCAAGUCGACCUUCUUCGAUCCUGUCAUAUCUUCCCUGCGAGUCUCUGGCGUCGUCGCAUCAGAAAACGACCAUGUUCCCAUGGGAUCACAUCACACACUCGAUAUCGAAGUAAACCGAUCCUUUACCGUCAUCAAGCCCGAUGGUUGGGAUUCCGUUUCCAAAGCCACCCUGUCACAAGCGCUUUCCGAUGACAAGAACGGAGCUAUGGCAGCGGUAGUCAUGCAAGAAGGGCUAGCAAAUAUCUGCCUCAUAACUCAGUUCCGUACCGUUGUCAAGACUCGCGUAGAGAGUGUUGUCCCCAAGAAGCGCGAUACUGCUGCGGAUCAGGAUGCCGGCCUCAAACGAUUCUUCGAGAAGACUCUGUCCUCACUCCUCCGAGCCGUCGACUUUUCGGACUCACGGCCACUCCUACUAGCAAGUCCUGGCUUCGUGGCCCAGGAUUUCAAAGAAUUCAUUGCAAAGAGAGGUCGAGACAAGUCGGACAAGGUGCUCACCGCCGUUUCCAAGCAAGCUACGGUUAUUCACGCCAACUCUGGGCACGUUUACAGUCUGAAUGAAGUCCUCAAGAGCCCCGAAGUAAUAGCAAAAAUGAAGGACAUGAGCUACAUCAAGGAGGCACAAUAUAUGGACAAUUUCUUUGAUCUAUUGAAAAUGGACGACGGACGAGCAUGGUACGGCACAAAAGCGGUAGAAAAGGCAGUUGCCGACGGGGCAGUUGGUCCUGGCGGCGGCGUUCUGCUCGUUAACAACUCACUAUUUCGAAGCCAGGAGUUGGCAACACGCAAAAAGUACGUGGCGUUGGUUGACAAGGUGAAGAAUGAUGGAGGGGAAGCACGGAUAUUAAGCAGCGACCACGAGAGCGGGCAGAGGCUGAAAAUGAUGGGCGAUAUUGCGGCUACCUUGAAUUAUCCCAUGAUGGAUUUGGAUGAUGACGGGGAGGACGAGGAGGAGCCCCAGGCAGUUGUGCCCGAACGAAACCAUGAGGAUGACUACGGCAUGCUAGACAGCGUUAUAUAG